CUCCUUGUGCCAUCGAAAUUAGAAGGCACGAAAAUACAAAUUGUGUUGCCCAGGAUGCUGUAGUUGGAAUAUUACCUAGAGUGAUUUCAUAGGCCAUAUACAUAAUUUAUCCUAUGUAGAGAUAAUUAAUCUACUCUUGUCCUGUAUCGAUAGCCACUCCUGUUUGCGCCUCUUCAUAAAAUUUGAAUUUAGGGAUUGCUUGAGAAAAUUAUCAAUCCCUGUUUAAUCAAUGCGACUGAAAAUUUCCUUCAUCGUUAACGACUUUUAAUCGGUGUUGUUUCCUUAAAAAGGGGCCACCAAAUUAUCAAAGUUAUUUCACAAAAACCAAAACAUCGAAGUCCUGUGGAAGAUUGAAGGCUUCUGUAAGUUGUGCUCAAAUGAUAAGGAAACUUCUUCUUUCUUCCUUCCAUUUUUUUUUUUUUUUUUUUUUUUUUGGGUGUGAAACUAAUUAUGCGGAAACCUCAGAAAUAAAUGAAAGAUGUCAUUGGGAAUCGCAAAAUUCAAAGAAAUUGAAUUUAUGUCUCGUUUAGAUUUUGGUAAGGAAAAUCCCAUUUCUCAAGGCAUCCCUCCCUCUACUGUUUUAUUGAAUGUUAGCUUUCACCUUGCGAUAAAAAGAUAAGGGCGGGAAGCUUAUAAAUACCGAAUUUACCUAACUCUCACACCCCAAAAAACCAAAAGCAAUAAACAACCAGAAACAGAGGCUAAAAGAGAGAUACACAACUGCCCCACCACAAGCAUUAUACUCACGAGUAGAAGAUUUCAAGAGGAGGGAGAAAAAAAAAAUGACAAGCAAGAGGGUAAUAGUAUUUUGCAUAGUAGUGGCUUCAUUAGCCGCAGCAAUGGGAACAUUGGAGGAUGAAGAGCAGGAAUGUGUGGACCAGCUUGCAAACCUUGCUUCUUGUAUUCCAUUCGUGAGCGGCACCGCAAAGAAGCCGACACCAGAGUGCUGCGAAGACACCCGCAAAGUGAAGGCUACAAAACCCAAGUGCUUGUGUGUUCUCAUCAAAGAGAGCACUGAUCCUUCUAUGGGCCUCCCUGUCAAUACCACUUUAGCCGUGCAAAUGCCCUCUGCUUGCAACAUCAACGAUGCCAAAGUCUCUGACUGCCCUUCUAUUUUGGACCUGCCACCAAAUUCUCCGGACGCGAAGAUCUUUAAAGAAGCAGACCCAGAUUCUACCCGUAGUACUACAUCAUCCUCCUCACCAACUGAUGAUACUCCAAGCAAUACUUCUGCUUCCAUCUCACCAACUGGCCAGUCAACUUCUUCUCCAUCAUCCUCUUCUGGGUCGACUGAUUCAAAGACGGAUCCAAGCAGCAAUGGUGGAGCAAAGUUGAAAAUAAGUGAGACUUUAAAUAUGCUGGUAAUGAUGGUGGUUUUUGUGGCAUCAUGGAAGUUCAUUUGAGCUUCCCUUGCAUUCAAGUUUGCUUUUGCAUGCUUAUGGUGGAGAAAAUUGGUGAGGUUUAUCUAUAUAUUAGGAAGAAUUAAUGGUGCUUUUUCUGGCUUAUGAUGGAUAGCCACAGUUUGUUCCCUUCAUCAGGAUUUCUCCACACUAAUAAUAACGAACGUAGUUUUUGUCGUUU